AUGGCCAAGUGCCUUGGUGACGCACUAUGCGCCGUGCCAUUGAGUCGGAUCCAGGCCUUGGAGAAGGCCGCCCAGGACUUCGACGAGUGGCGCCCCGGCGUCGACGGCAUCAUCGACGAUUUGAAGAUCGAAGUCGGCAAGCUCUCUACCUUGAAGCUGGAGGUCAGCAAAAUCACCAAGUACUGGGAACGCUCUAUGGUCGACUCCGCCACACCGGCUCCGGGCGUCUUCGUGACUGCACCUCCUUCGCCGGUUGCCACCAUCUCUGACCACAAGUCCGCCUCUCCGCAUGAACCCAAGCCCGUGCUCGGAGGCGACUUUCUGGCUGCCCUGCGCCCAUCUGCGGGAUUCGUAGCCAAACGGCCAGAUGGGCACCGAAGAAGCCAUGGGAGUGAUCAAGCGUCCGUAUCGUAUCGGCGUAUGGAUGUUAUGCCAGGACAGAAGCCGGCCUGGCAGGCGCCACUUCCUCUUCCACCUCCUCCACCGAAGCUUGCAAUUGCUGAUGCCCCUCGGGUGACGGAGGUGACCACGAGUACAGCUGAAGAAAAAUUCAGGUCACUUCGUGCCCGUGGUUUGUGCAUUCGAUGCGGUGCUAAGUGGAGCCGGGAACACAAAUGUUCUGAGGUUGUUCAGUUACAUCUGGUGCAAGAAUUGCUUGAUAUGUUUCCUUACAGUGAUGAUGCAGAAACCUCAAGCCCACCAUCCCCAGCGGCAUUGCAAGUAAUGAUGCAUCUAUCUGUGGCAGCAAUUUCAGGUGCAUCAGCUCCUAAAACUCUUUGCCUUACUGGUUCCAUUCAGGGGAUUUCAUUGUCAAUUUUGGUGGAUUCUGGUAGUUCUCACACCUUUCUUAGCUCCAGUUUGGCUCAGUCUCUGUCUGGAAUUCAAGAGCUUCGCCCAACCGUGUCUGUGCAAGUUGCCAAUGGUGCCGUGUUGCAGUGCACAUCUCAUAUACCAGCUGCAGUAUGGUUCGUCCAGGGAUGCACAUUCACACAUGAUCUUAAGCUGCUGCCGUUAUCGUCAUUUGAUAUGAUUCUGGGACUGGAUUGGUUGGCUAGUUUCAGCCCUAUGCAGGUGCACUGGGCACAGAAGUGGCUCUCUAUUCCAUACCAAGGUUCCACUACUGUUCUGGUGGGCGAUGCUCCUGAACUGCCUGUCGGCUCGGUGAUUCAGUUGUGUGUGCUGCAGGAGGAUAACAACACUGUUUCGCAGCAUCUGUUUCACGCCAAACACCGCAUGAAGAAGCAGGCUGACCAGCAUCGAUCUGAGCGCAACUUUGCAGUUGGUGAUCUGCAAGUGUUGGUGAAAUGGAACAAUCUGCCACCUUCUCUGGCUACUUGGGAAGAUUAUGAGGCCCUGCGUCAGGAGCUUCCAAGAGCUGCUGCUUGGGGUCAAGCAGCGUUCCAAGGAAGGGGGAGUGUUAGCAGCGUUCCCGCCCAAGCUGCUACCUCGCCAUCCGGAGAUGAUCCAGCUACAAGCCAGCCCAGAGAGCGGCCCAAGGCGCAAAGGCCCAAGAAGGCGAACAUGAAGUACUUCGGUGAUGAAUGGGCCGGCUGA